AUGGGGAGAGCACCAUGUUGUGACAAAGCAAACGUGAAAAGAGGACCAUGGUCUCCUGAGGAAGAUGCCACUCUCAAAAGCUACCUGGAGACUCAUGGCACUGGUGGUAACUGGAUUGCUUUACCUCCAAAAGCUGGCCUUAAGCGAUGCGGCAAGAGUUGCAGAUGGUCUCUCAUAGCUUCUCAACUACCUGGAAGAACUGACAAUGAUGUGAAAAACUAUUGGAACACAAAAUUGAAAAAGAAGAUCGGUGCAGGAAAAAUCAGCCUCACAAUCAAGAACAACUCUAUCAAUGCCCCUACUGACAUUACCAAUAUUCCUACUACUCCUUGCUCAACAUCUCCUAUUCUUUAUGUCCCUAUAGCCGAAACCGAAAGCACUGUCACCUUCUCUGAUCAUUAUUCAUUAACUCAAAAUUCUGUCACGUUGCCUACCUUAUCUGAUGUUGAUUAUGGCCCUAUUAUCAAUAGUACUACUCAGAACUUGAGUCCAAACCAAUUCCAAUUUUCUAAUUUCCCUGGGGUCAUGGAUAUGUCUGAAUUUGGUGCAACUUCAAUGAACAGUCACAUCGUUUCGUCAUCUCAAGAAGGUUCGAGCAUUUCAGAUUCCUCUUCACUUGCUGUGGAUAACAAGGGUCUCUCAAUGCCUAGCAAUGGUGGUCUUGAGAAUGCUGGGAUAUUAAUGAUGGAUUCUGAAUUUGGUUUUCCUAGUGAUUUUGUCAAUGGCCUUUUGUUUCAAGACAAAGCUAGUACUGAUGAUCAAGUGGCUGCAAAUUGCUACCAAUAUUUUGCUGAUUUUGGCUGUGUUGAUAUUAAGCCACAAGGACUGAACCAAGGUGUUACUAACCAAUAUUGA